AAGGCUCAGCCUUUAGUAACGCCUGCCUCUUUUCGCCAUUGCUUCUCUUGUUGUUGCGAUGUCAGUGUAAACUAAUGUUUUUCUCAUAAUUAGCUAUUUAAUCUAAGCUACCAUGCCUCCAAGGAAAAAACGCAAGACUGAAGUGGCUUCUAAAGAGCACAAAACUAAGGACACGGCCACGAAAUCUCCCCAGAUUUACACAAGGUGGCUAAUGAAAUCAGAACCAGAAAGCAGAUUUGAAAAUGGAGUUGAUGUUAAGUUUGGAAUUGAAGAUCUGAAGAGCGAGCCAAAGCAGACGUCAUGUUGGGAUGGUGUCAGGAAUUAUCAGGCCCGGAACUUCAUGCGAGACCAGAUGAAGGUUGGCCAGCUUGGGUUUUUCUAUCACAGCAACUGUAAGACCCCAGGUAUUGCAGGGAUUAUAAAGAUUGUAAAAGAAGGGUAUGACGACCACACUCAAUUUGACAAAAAAGAUCCACAUUACGACCCGAAAUCCAAGAAAGACAGUCCAAGGUGGCAGAUGGUUGAUGUGCAGUUUGUCCGAAUGAUGAAGAGGUUUAUUCCACUCUCUGAGCUGAAAACAUACCAUGAGAACCACAAGUUAUCUGGUGGGCCACUGAAAUCUGUGGCAUUAUUCACUAGGGCAAGACUAUCUGUGCAACCACUAACAGAAGAUGAGUUUGAUUUCAUUGUGAGCUUGGAAGACAAGAAAUUAGACUAGUAAUAUGCUGAAAAGACUCCAGAUUGAUGACAGACAGACAAACAAGGGACACUGAACGUCAAAUGAACUAUUUCUCAUAUUUUUUUGGGUUCUGACAUCAUGAUUAUAUGGAAAGCAUAAAUAAACCACGAGCCUAUUAUAUAUUUAAUUUAAGUUUUAUUAUCUUUAAGAUAUACAAUAUCAUUUGGACCUCUAACCAUUUUUACACUCUUGAGCUUUAUUUUACACUUAAUCUGUUACUAUAUGGUUCCACAGUUGUUUGAACUUAAUAAAAGAUGAUAUGAUACUUUCACUUAUAAAAUAAUUGCUGCUGAACUA